AUGAUGGGCUCUGCUGCCCUGGCCCGGCGCGGUGGCACAUGGAGCUGCCCGCCGGGGCUGGUCCUGGGCAUCGCCUGUGCCACCGGCGUCUCCCGCCCGAGCCGCGGCCGGGUGGCCGCCCUCGCUUCCUCAAGGAGAGAGAUAAGCCCCUCUGCUGGGAGCCUGCAGCUGGAGUACAAAGCAAGAGAUUUCACCUCUUCUGGGAGUAGGAAGCUCUACUUUGGCACUCAUGCCUUGGUGUGUUUACUCAAAGAAAAUGGGUUUACUACUCAACAAGCAGAAAUCAUUGUAUCUGUGUUGGUCAAGACCGUAGAGGCCAACAUGGACAUCGUCUACAAAGACAUGGUCACCAAGACACAGCAGGAGAUCACUCUUCAGCAAAUAAUGUCUCAGAUUGCUAAUGUGAAAAAAGAUAUGAUUAUUUUGGAGAGGAGUGAAUUUUCAGCCCUUAGAGCAGAAAAUAAGAAAAUGAAACUUGAACUACAUCAGGUAAAACAACAAGUAAUGGAUGAAAUGAUCAAAGUCCGAACUGAUAACAAAUUAGACUUCAAUCUAGAAAAGAGCAGAGUGAAAUUGUAUUCAUUGAAUGAAAGGAAGCUGCUGGAAAUAAAGAAAGAAAUGGUGGCAUUUCAUGCCCAGCAAGAUCGUGGCGUCACCCAGACAGGAAGAUAAGACACGGAGGUCGCUGGCCUUAAAACUAUGCUCGAGUCACACAAGCUUGACAAUAUUAAAUAUUUAGCAGGGUCUGUGUUUACAUGCCUAACAGUAGCUCUGGGAUUUUAUCGCCUAUGGAUGUAAUAAAUUCUCUAUUUAAAGAGCAAAAAAAAAA